AUGAAUCUUACCAUGCAUUUCCGGUCUUUUGUCGACAACGCUCUGUUCGUCAACGCUUCGAUUGCGCCAGAGGUCCGCCAUCUGCGUCUUCACGCCGAAGAGACCAGAAAUCUUGGCGCAAUCCUGCCGUCAUGCCGCAGUCUGCGCUCGUUGGAGAUCACUACACUUGAUGCGGCCUACUUCAAGUACUGGUUCGAGCUCCUCUUCGACUCCGGGCGUCCAAAAAAGACAACAAGCUUGACCCGGGAGCAAGGUCGCGACGAAUAUGGUCCGUAUCAGCGAAGACUCUGCCACGAGGAUUUCGACGAGGACGACACGUUGGCCUACGAGCCCAACAUGUUAGCAAUGCUUUCGUACUGGUUGAAGGACAACCUUCGCCACGACUUGAUAUUGGAAUCGAAAGUCACCGUUCUGAAUUUGAGCGAUGAUCUUGUUCCAGUUGUUGCUUGGAACGCAAAGAUCAACUUCGCGACCAAGGAGAUGUUGCUCUUCAAAGACAAGACUGGGACCCUUGAUCAUGUGAUUUGGCAUACUGGUAUCAGAGCACGGAUCAAGAAGAUUGUGGCGGGAGAGGACUGA